AUGGAAAUAGAUAAUAAUGAAUUUGAAAUUUCAUUUUGGAAAGUUAUUCAUAAUAAAUAUUUAUUCGAUAGAAUAAUUAAUUAUAUUCAAUGUUUAGAAUGGGUUAAUUAUGAUGAUUACAACCAAUUACAUAUUGAAAUAGAAUAA